AUGUCUGAGAGUGAGAGUUUUCUCAAGGGGAAUCAUCUUUUAGCAGAGGGCAAUCCUCCUAGUUUCUCUGAAUUGCUCUUCUGUGACGAUGAUGAUGUGGGUGUUGGUGUGCAUAUGGCCCAUGCUUUUCGUUUCUCUUCCAUUGAAAGGCCUCCCAGAAUGCUUUGUUUCGGGGGCUAUACUUGUCAGAGUGAAAGUGACAUUGUGAUGUUUCGUGAAGCAACAAAAACUACCCCUCAAAUCUCUGGGGUCACAUGCAGUGACUCAUCUUCAGCUUCUUCUGGCAACAAAAACUGCAACAGUACUGUUAAUGUAAUCAGUACCAUCUCCAAAUCAAACAGAAAAAGAAAUGGGUCGAGCCAAGAAGUACCAGUGAAAAGCACCAACAACAUAGCCAAAACUCCUUUUCCAAGCCAGAGAACCAGCAAGAAGGCCAAAACUGACAAUCCCAGAUCAAAUGGAAACGCAAAGGUCAAGGUGAAGAGAGAGAAGCUAGGAGACAGAAUCACUGCGUUGCAACAGCUUGUAUCACCCUUUGGCAAGCAGACAGACACGGCAUCGGUGCUACAUGAAGCGAUGGGAUACAUUAGGUUCCUGCAAGAUCAGGUGAAGGUCCUGUGCUCUCCUUACCUGCAAAAUCUACCUGAUGGCGGAGAAAAUGGAAGAGAGGAGUCAAUAGAGAAUCUGAGGAGCAGAGGGUUGUGUCUGGUCCCUGUGGACUGCACCGUUCACGUGGCAAGCAGUAAUGGUGCUGAUUACUGGUCUCCUGCUACUACGGGAAACAACUUUUCAUCAUUCUCAUCAAGUAAAUCGUGA